GAGGACAUUGAAAGAAUGAGUGAUUCUGCAGAUAAACCUAUUGACAACGAUGCAGAAGGUGUCUGGAGCCCUGACAUUGAACAGAGCUUUCAGGAGGCUCUAGCUAUCUAUCCACCAUGUGGGAGGAGGAAAAUCAUCUUAUCAGAUGAAGGCAAAAUGUAUGGUAGGAAUGAAUUGAUAGCCAGAUACAUCAAACUUAGGACAGGGAAGACACGGACCAGGAAGCAGGUGUCUAGUCACAUACAGGUCUUAGCAAGAAAGAAAGUUCGAGAAAUUCAAGCCGCCAUUAAGGUGUCUAGUCACAUUCAGGUUCUUGCCAGAAGGAAAUCUCGUGAUUUUCAUUCCAAGCUGAAGGUAACAAGCAUGGAUCAGACAGCAAAGGACAAAGCACUCCAGCACAUGGCAGCAAUGUCAUCAGCUCAGAUAGUCUCAGCUACUGCUAUUCACAACAAGCUGGGCCUGCCAGGAAUUCCCCGUCCUACAUUUCCUGGGGCACCUGGGUUUUGGCCGGGCAUGAUUCAAACGGGGCAGCCUGGAUCCUCACAAGAUGUCAAGCCAUUCGUUCAGCAGGCCUAUCCUAUACAGCCAUCAGUCACAGCUCCCAUUUCAGGCUUUGAGCCCACAUCAGCUCCAGCCCCCUCCGUGCCUGCGUGGCAGGGCCGGUCCAUCGGUACGACCAAGCUCAGGCUGGUGGAGUUUUCAGCUUUCCUUGAGCAGCAGAGGGACCCUGAAUCAUACAACAAACACCUCUUCGUGCACAUUGGACACGCCAACCAUUCUUACAGCGACCCCUUGCUGGAGUCGGUGGACAUCCGCCAGAUCUACGACAAAUUCCCCGAGAAGAAGGGUGGCCUGAAGGAGCUGUUUGGGAAAGGGCCUCAGAACGCUUUCUUCCUCGUCAAGUUCUGGGCUGACUUAAACUGCAACAUCCAAGAUGAUACAGGAGCGUUUUACGGAGUCACCAGUCAGUACGAGAGCUCGGAAAACAUGACAAUCACCUGUUCCACCAAAGUCUGCUCCUUUGGAAAGCAAGUAGUAGAAAAAGUAGAGACUGAAUAUGCAAGGUUUGAGAAUGGUCGGUUUGUGUACAGGAUAAACCGCUCUCCCAUGUGUGAAUACAUGAUCAACUUCAUACACAAGCUGAAGCAUUUACCAGAGAAAUACAUGAUGAACAGCGUCUUGGAAAACUUCACAAUUUUAUUGGUGGUAACAAACAGGGAUACACAAGAAACCCUGCUCUGCAUGGCUUGUGUAUUCGAAGUGUCGAACAGCGAACAUGGAGCACAGCAUCACAUCUACAGGCUUGUAAAGGACUGAGCAGUUAUUUAUAUAUACACUUCAUUUCACUUCUUUAUCAAAACACAGACUGUAAACCUCAACACUAAGUGGCAGUGCCUCUGGCCCAACU